AUCUAUAUGUCUCCCUUUGGAGUUCAUCCGUUGUUCAUGACGUGAACCUCGGUGGCUCUCGCCUUUGAGGUCAAGACGAGAACAAGGUUAACCGUCAGCAGUAUGCAUGGGUCUUUGAGAACUUGGACAUGGACGAGCUUUACAGUCCCACCGAAGUUCACAAGUAUCGCAACCGUCCCGCAGUCUCGUACAAGAGCCUUCAGUCUGAUGCCAAUGGCAAUCCUGAAGUCACUCAGGUGCAGGAGCACGACCGAUAUGAGGAGCACCCGCUUCUCGGUGACCAAGUACUCGACGAGGCAUCUCACGAGGCUCAAGCCAACAAUCUGUCGGCUGUUCCCUUGUUCCCCUUCGGAGGUCUCCUGCCCGAGGCCGAGGAGCUUAUGCCCUACCCCUUCUUUGGAGAGCCGGAGCCAUCCGUGGACCAUACUUGCAUCUCUACGAACCCGUCUCUCCUCGUAUUUCAGGCUCAUGAUGAGAGCCAGUUGGCUCCACUGAGCGCAAGCUCAGCGGUGCCUCAGCCCUUCAUUUCUUAUAUUGAUGAGGUGGACACCAACAAGAAGCCUUCGGACUCACCUGCAUACGAAUAUUUUCAGUCAGCUGCCUACAAGGAACAUCUCUACAGCGGCAAGCCCGUUUGGUUCGUCGACGAGAUGUUACUUCCAGUUGUUCGACCGGAGAUGCCGACCAUCCAGGCGACCGCUCAUCAGAGUGUUGCUCAGGAGGCUAGUCACCAGGAGAACAAUCUUGCAGAGGACUCGAAUAUUUACUCGAACGCGAAGUUGAACGCGAAUUCCAUCGCCAACUCGGACGCCAACCUGCACGCCAAUUCGACUGCCGACGCGAACGCCAACCCGAGCGCUAACCCGAUCGCCAAAUCGAAUAUGGAGCUUUCGCAUCCAAUGCCGAGCACCGAUACGUCUGGAGUCUCUGAAGUCUUUAGAACACCUGCCAUAUCUGAAGCGCCUGCGGUUUCUCAAGCCCCCGGAUUCUCUGUACUCCCUGGGGCUGCUAAGGUAUCCAGAGUCCCUGGAAGCUCCAAGGUGUCUGCAGCAUCUGAAGCAAAAGAACCUAGCUCCGCCUUGAAGGCUCCCAUGCUCCCAGAACAGGAGGAAAUCACUUUCUACAACACUCCUGCGUUUGUCGUUAGAGGCUCGCGCCCGCGCACUGUCAUCGACUUGACUGAUGAUUCUGCGAGACCUAUGGCUGCUACUCCUGCGAUGCCCAUGGUCAAUACCCCUGUAAGACCCGUGGUCGCUCCUCCCGCGAGACACAAUAGCGCAGCCCGAACUCCAGCUACGCGCAUGGAUAGUCCCGAGGCUCCAUCCACCAAGAGCUCUACCAAGCCGACCCGCAAGCGUGCGGCUGAUGAUAGCGAUGGUGACUACGUUCCCAAGCCCAAGAGAGCCCGCCCUUCGAAGAAGGCUGCGGCCGUUCCGCAGACUCUGCCCCAACCGCAGGUGAUGGGUCCUGACGGAGUACUCAUACCCGUCAAGCGUGGCCGAGGACGUCCCCGCAAGUAUCCCAGACCUGAGGAUAUCGCCGCUGCGCAGGCUGCUGCUGCGAGCCAAGCUGCUACGAACCAGACUGCUACGAACCAGACUGCUGCGAGCCAGGCUGCCACGAACCAGACUUCCAUGAGCCAAGCUGCUACGAAUCAAGCUGCUACGAACCAAGCUGCCGCGAGCCAAGCUACGGCGAAGCGAGCUACGGACCAGGCAAUGGCUAUACAGACCCCCGCGAACAGUUCUCCCGUUCUAAACGCUGGUACACCUCCGGCGAACAACCCAGUUUCCAGCACCGAGCCAAUGCUCCCGCAGGCGGCCAAAGGUGCUGUGCCGACUCGGAGACGUCGAAACAAACCGAAGACGAACCAGUCUAACGAGAGCAGCCGUCAAGCUAGCGUCGAUCAGCCUCAUAUGCAGAGAAUUGCCCAGUACCAGGACAGAAUGACUCCAGUCUCGAGAUACAGCAACGAGCCUUCGAACUCAUACACCAACUUCAGAGCUGAUGUUCGUCAAACGACAGACUACGAGCCGAUGCCCGCGUCUUUCAUUUCUGAGAUUCGGCCGUCUGGUACUGAUUUGAGUCGAUCCUCGCUUCAAGCUACGAGCGUACGCAUCAUCCUUCUUCUUCUUACGGCACGCGUCCAUCUGCUGCUGAGCCGCGUCAAUCAUCGACUCCUAGAGCCUAUCAGCCUUUGAACUCAUACACUGCCAUGGAGACUGCAUCCACAGAGUAUAGUCGUCGUCAGCAUGAAAUUCAAGAGCGUAUGCCCACGGCUUGGUCGUCAGCCGGGAAAUCAAGA